AAUGCUAAUGAGCCUAGUAUAUUCAAACAAUUGAUGUCAGCUACUGAACAGCGCCCGUGGCUUUGGUUCAUUUACCUUGUGACAGCAGGGCUUCCAAUAGCAUUAAUUACUUCAUUUUGUUGGCCAAGAAAAGUAAAGAAAAAAUAUGAUGAAGAUGUGGAUUUCAAAAAACUGGACAUAUGUAAACCACAAACCAAGGGCGCACUGGAGCAGGAAGUGAGGGAAGAGAAAGCCGCCCUGGAGAAGCCAGCUGACUUGGAAGAGGAAAGAAAGCAAAGUGAUGGUGAAAUUGUUGAAAAAGAAGAGGAAGGUGAACCUGAGGAAAAGAGUGAAGAAGAAAUUGAAAUUAUAGAAGGACAAGAAGAAGGUAAUAAAUCCAAUAAGUCUGGAUCAGAGGAUGAGAUGAAAGAGGCAGAUGAGAGCACAGGAUCUGGAGACGGACCAAUAAAGUCAGUACGCAAAAGAAGAGUGCGGAAGGAGUAAGCUGCUCCAAGUGUUUUCCAUUCCUGAGAGAGCAAGCUGGCAUUCUCAAGCCGGUGUGCCAGAACUGCGCUUGAGUCAAUCUGCACAUCCCUUUUCUACUAUCUAGCAAUGUUAUUCUUUCAGACAUUUCUUUUAAUCUUCUUUUUCAGAAAUGAAAAAUCUUUGAAGUUACCUGGUCUUUGAAUUUAGAAUAAAAGAAAAGUGGCACGUUACAUGUCAUAUUUUAAGAGAUUAAUAUCAUUAGAGGUUACACAGUUUUCAUAGUUAGGAGAAAGUUUUGGUUUCUAUAGAGCAAAAUAAUAUGCAGUGGCUUCAUUGCUAUGGGACAAGUCAGUUACUGGAAUUUCCCCUUAAAUGGCUAUACCACAAUAUACCUGGUAGUUCUAUAGUAUAAGUGAGAGAGUGUUCUGUUGUACAGAGCUAAUUGCAAUAAAGUUUCUGUAUGGCUGUUUGGUUCUGCCAACAAUUGAAAGUGUUGUAUGUGACCCACGUUUACCUAGUUUGUGUCAAAUUAUAGUUACAGUCCAUUGUUCACUUAAAUUACAGAAUCCUUUAAAAAGGUGCUUUGUUGACAGACCAGUCAACAAAACAAAAACAUGUCUAUCAUUCAUAGAAUCACUGGUUAAUAGUGCAGCAUAUUUACAUUUGAAUACAGAGAUAAGAGGUUUAUCAAAAUGAAAUGGUGUACAGAUAUUUUUCAAGCUGUUAUAGUUGAAACAAGUUGUUAUAUUUAUGCCAGAAUGGAUUACCCUAUUCACAAGAUUGUUUAUGCCUACAUUGCUCUUAAAAACGAAAUUUAAGUAUUUUUUCUUCUUUAGACAAUACCCACUUUAAUAGGUAAAUUAUUAUUGGGGUCUGAUCAUUAAGAGAUUCUAGUGGCUGAUAGAUAUCGUUCAUCAUGUUUUGUAUUUUUAUCUUUUUUCUGACAAAUUCAAAUCUAUUGUCUUGUCUAGUUUCAAAGCUCCCUCUAUGGUAGACAGACUGUUGCUCCUCUUUUUAAAAUAGCAUUGACCCUUGAACAACACAGGUUUGAACUGCAUGGGUCCACGUGUAUGUGGAUUUUUUCCCCCAAUUAAUUCUACAGUACUCCGUGGUAGGUAGUUGGUUGAAUCCUCCAAUGCAGAAUCUGCAGAUAAAGAUGGUCAACUGUGGGACUUGAGCAUCUGUGAAUUUUGAUAUCUGCCACGGGUCCUGGAACCAAUCUCCCGUGGAUACCAAGGGAUGACUGUAGGUACCAGAAGUUACAGAAGUGCAUUAUAGUAGAACUGUAUUAUUCCAUUUAACAUAUCUAAGAAUUUUUCAUGUUUGGGUGAUAAACCCUUUGGAAGGUGAUCUAAAUCUUUGAGGCCAUGAAACUACUUUAAUACUAUCUUGAGAACUCUGUACUAGUUGGGUGAUAUUUUGGAUUCCUUCAUGAACAUACACAUCCCAUCAUUGGGCUAGCCCCCUUCCCACUAAUACAUUUAAAGCUCAUGUAUAAGGAAAAAGAGUUUCUAACUUCUCCUCUGACUGAAGGAAGGAAGCCAAAUAGCUAGUAUAGCCACUAUUCACUUAUUUCAGAGAGUGAAUUGAAAAUACGUGCUUUAUAUUCAUUGCUGUGUUCUGAACUUUCCAUAUAUUGGUGGUGGACAAUCUUAAUACAUGGCUAACCAUACUUUGUAUUUAUUUAAUAUGAACUAAACCUAA